GAGAGAGAGAGCAGCGGGAGCCUGCAGGGAUACGGACUGCAGGAGGACUCACAUGGUCCUGCUGCAGCGGAUCAGACCCCACCGGAACUCUCUAAAACCUCUGCCUCUCAACUUCUCCCCCACUUUUUUUUUUUUUUUUUUAAAAAGCAGCUUUCAUCGUUGCGUUUUUUCUUUUUUUUUUUUCUUUUGUGAAGACAUUCCCUCCUUGCAUCCUCGCGGCGCGCAGCCCGACUUGCGGCCGGUGAACCAGCGUCAUGGCUCGGGAGAACGGAGACACCGGCAGCGGGGAGACGUGGAAGAAGCAGGUCGAUGACAUCAAGAAGAUCUUUGAUUUUAAAGAAGUCCUCGGAACAGGGGCGUUUUCCGAGGUGGUUCUGGCCCAGGAGAAGCUGACCGGCCGCAUGUUCGCCGUCAAAUGCAUCCCCAAGAAGGCUCUGAAGGGGAAGGAGAGCAGCAUCGAGAACGAGAUUGCCGUGCUGAGGAAGAUCAAGCAUGAAAACAUCGUGGCUCUGGAGGACAUCUAUGAGAGUCCGGACCACCUCUACCUGAUCAUGCAGCUGGUGUCUGGCGGAGAGCUGUUUGACCGGAUCGUGGAAAAAGGAUUUUACACGGAGAAGGAUGCGAGCACGCUGAUCCGACAAGUCCUGGACGCCGUAAACUACCUGCACAAGAUGGGGAUCGUGCACCGGGACCUGAAGCCUGAGAACUUGUUGUAUUUUAAUCCACAAGACGAGUCCAAGAUCAUGAUAAGUGACUUCGGCCUAUCAAAGAUGGAGGGCAGUGGCGACGUCAUGUCCACAGCCUGUGGGACCCCAGGAUACGUGGCUCCAGAGGUUCUUGCACAGAAGCCGUACAGCAAGGCGGUGGACUGCUGGUCCAUUGGAGUGAUCGCCUACAUUCUGCUGUGUGGUUAUCCUCCAUUUUAUGAUGAGAACGAUUCCAAGCUGUUCGAGCAGAUCCUUAAAGCCGACUACGAAUUUGACGCACCUUACUGGGAUGACAUAUCAGAUUCAGCCAAGGACUUUAUCAGCUGUCUGAUGGAGAAAGAUCCGACCAAGAGGUUCACCUGCGACAUGGCCCUCAGACAUCCCUGGAUCGCUGGGGACACGGCGCUCUGCAAAAACAUUCACGAGUCAGUCAGCCGGCAGAUCAGAAAGAACUUUGCCAAGAGCAAAUGGAGGCAAGCGUUCAAUGCCACCGCUGUGGUGCGGCAUAUGAGGCGACUGCAACUUGGCAGCAGCAUGGGCAGCAGCAUGGACGCCUCCAACCCCAGGCCGAGCCAGACGCCGAGGCCGGCGCAAAACCCGGGCCAAGCGGGCCAGAACCAAGCCGCUCCGAGCCAGAACAGUGGCCAGGCGGCGCAAAGCCAGGGCGCCAACAGCAACGCCGGCAAGAACUCCUCCAUAGAUAACAACUUAGCCGCUCCACGCAAGGAAUGUCUCCCUGCACCCGUCACCCCCUGCAGCCUGGCGUCCGCAGCCUCCUCCCCCGCUGCGGGAACGGAGCUGAACCGGCCCCACCCGUCGGCGGUGCCCGCGCCCAUGAUGACGGAGACCAAGUGACGCCAGGUCCCGCGGGGCACCAGCUGGGAGGCCACAGCGCUGUGAGAGAGCGAGAGAGUCCCAAAUCGAAAAAUAAAAAUGUGAAAGGGACGACCAGAAGGGAGAGGGCGAUCACACCCUUCGUCGUCCCUCCCACUCUUGGAUGCAUUCUCUCUUGGAUGUGCCGCCCAACUAGUUCCCCGCCCUGCUCGAAGAAGAGCAGAGGACUUUAUUACCUCCAACCCUUUACGAUUCAAGCCACCAUUGCCAUACUUUUACGCCCACCAGGAUAGCUUGCAGGAUUCUUCUUGUAGCAACAAAGCAUCCACUGACUCCCGCUGAGGAAGCUUGCACGGUCGGCUGCAACCUACAAGCGGGGACUCCUGGCGCAUCCGGUGGCAUCAUUGCUAUUCGGCGUCAGUCAACUUCCCUCUGGAAUCUGGGCUAUCCUGUUUCAAUUUAUUCCGAUUUUUUUUUUUUGUUAUUCAACUUUUGACUGUUGGCAACUGGAUUGUUUCAUUCUUUAUCCUUGCGGAUGAUUUUAAAGCUGGCAUGUGUAACUUUCAGUUGACAAAGCAUUGUCAGAUGAAUAUUGCCACUUUGGUACAAUUACUGUAAAUAAGCCAUAGCGGAGAUAAUUAACAAGGAGUCAGUUACUUCAUCGUAAGUUAUGAUGUUGUUCUGUCAGCAUUUCUCUAAAGAAGUGGCUCAUGUCCCAUAAUUCCAUGGUCCCGUUUCACCAUCACUACAUUCUGUGUUUUGAAUAUUGAUGCAAAAUACAGGCUGACUGUCUCCUGUGCAACAAGCUCCCUUCGUUUACGCAGUUUUGACCGGCUUUGACAAUGAUACGUCUGGGUGGAAGUCCUACACUUGGCAUCUUUAAAAGCAUUUGUAUGUGUCCUUACAGGUUUGUUUUCAACGUACCACGUGACUGUCGGGAUGUGGAAAACACGAGUAUGCGCUUUAUCUUUUUUUGCACAGGGAAGGUCAGACAUGUCGCUGACGAAUGAGCUGCCAUGCACAUGGAUUUAUCAGACGGAUAAAAAAAAAAAAGAUUGUAACCCUAUAAAAACAAACGGAUGUCUUGUAACGGUUGGUAAUUGUGUAAAGUUGUUUCAUUUGUUGAAUGAUUUUCUUUUUUAAUCGCCCCUUUAAGCGAGACACGUAGGAUACUAUGAACGAUGCAGUAAAAGGGAGAGAAACAAGAUAGAUCUGUGUUUACUGGCAAACCGUCUCCACACUGGAAUGUUAAGUCAAUAUAAAUGGCCAUUUGAGUUCCCCAAUGGGUCACAGUGACCCACAAACAGUGCGAGGAACUCGUACCCCUUGAGCUUUUUCACAUUUUUUACACAUUACAACAACAAACAUCCAUCUGAAAAGUGUGCCGUGCCUAUUGAUUCAGUCUGCUGUCGUUCAGUUGGGGACGCGGAUUCAAUUAUUCUUUGCUGAAGAGAAAAGUGACCCCACAUCAUGAUGCUGCCACCGCCGUGUCUCCCCAGCACCGCGUGUUGGUAGUCAUUUUCUAGUCUUCUGAAGACAGUUGGGGUUACUUCCAGGAUCUCCUGGUAUUCUGCUCCAUCCAUCUUCCCGUCGACUGACCAGCUUCCCUGCGCUUUCUGAAGAAAAGCCUCCCCACAUGGUGAUGCUGCCGCCGCCACGUUUCACCGCCCAUGGUUGAUUUUUCUGGUCUUCCGAAGCCAAUUGAUUGGACUGAUCCAAGGACUCUCCUGUAUUUCAAUGCAUCUUUAUUUCCAACAACUCUGAUCGUCUUCUGUGUCCUGGCUUAAAGAAUAUCAUCCCCUCACCAUGAUUAUGCCACCACCGUAUUUCAUCAGUCAUGAUGUGAGCUGUUAAUUGUCUAGUCUUCAAAAAGGUCAUUCAUCGGACUACUUCUAGGAUUUGUCUACAUUUAUCUCCAUCUAGCUUUCCUUCAGCUCUGAUCAGCUUCCUUCUGGCUGACAAAAACAAGCAUCCCCCCAUCAUGUUGAUGCCGCCGCAGGUUUAUGAUGAAAUUAAAUUGCACAUGGGGGGUAUUGUAGUUACUAAUAAGGUGACUUCUGAAGCAAUUGGCUUUAUGGAAAGUGUGAAAAAGUUUAAGGGGUGUGAAUGCUUUCUGGAUGUACUGCGGCCCCUAGAAGGCGAAUGAAUACAUGCGAGAUGGGCAGGAAACCAUUUGCGACGAUCAGGAUUGUGUUGUACCUGCCGGUCCUACGCCGUCCAACGAAGCCAUGUUCUCACCUUCUUGUUCUUUAAGCUGUGCCCAGUUCAGAAGUCCUCAGGGAAAUCUGCAGCUGCACUGUGAGCUGGCUAACACUAGUUUCCUCUUGUUUUUUUGUUUUUUUUCAUGGUCGAUCACAGUAGAAGAGUUGUGGGAGCGGUUAGGGUUAAUGAUCCAAGGAUCUGAGCUCAUUUCUUGUCCCAUUGUAUUAGUGAUGUGUAAUAUCAACUUUGGAAAAGACAAAAGUAGUCCUUUCGGCUUUGGACUUCUUCAAACUAUUACCUGAUUAGAUACAGGCUAGUUGUUGUUGUUUUUUUAUCAGUUUUUUGUUUGUUCUUUCAAUGGACUUAAUAGCUUAGCUUCUUUCCUGUAAGUUUUCACAGUAUUUUUUUUUUUUUACUAUUACAUUUUUAAUGGUCCCGAUUAAACAAGCCAACUGGUAGUAUUAAGUUUUCAAACAUAAUUCAAAAACUGUUCACUGCCGGGGUGCUUGCUCUUAACACACGUCAGUUUGUUAUGUCCUUAUUAGAUGCAAAUUUUAUAACCCUUUAUUAUGAAUUGUAGCCAAAGACUUGUGUUUGCUUCUAAGACAAAUUGAUUCACGUUGAAGUGGUUAGGUAGUUAGAGGAUUCUGAGGUGACGUAGUUCAGAACACAAGCUAAACCUAAGGGCUGAACUCCAUCUGCAAACCAAUCCAGACACCUAUUGACCUUUACAUCCCUUCUUUUGCCAUAUAUCUUUAUUAUCUACACAGUCGUGCUGCUAAAAGAAGAGAGGAAAAAGGGCUCUCAGUCCUUGCUUUAACCUGUCUCUGUGGAUCAAAAUGCAAGCCCACCACAUCGUGUGUGUUUGGGCUGACCUGCCCUGCCCUGAAGUUGAUUAAAGAGGACCAGAAUGAGA